GUCCAACCGGACCGCUGGAGCGAGCGGGAAGCACAGCGGGCGUGCAUCCUCUUCCGCCCCGGCCCGGAAGGGUGAUGUGGCUGGACCAGCACCGGCCUCACUAUGUCUGCCAUUUUCAAUUUUCAGAGUCUAUUGACUGUAAUCUUGCUGCUUAUAUGUACAUGUGCUUAUAUCCGAUCCCUGGCACCCAGCAUCCUGGACAGAAAUAAAACUGGACUAUUGGGAAUAUUUUGGAAGUGUGCCCGAAUUGGGGAACGCAAGAGUCCUUAUGUNGCCAUAUGCUGUAUAGUGAUGGCCUUCAGCAUCCUCUUCAUACAGUAGCUUUGGAAACUACCAGCAUGUGUUUACCAUCAGACUGUAAACAAGGACUUGCCUUCAGAAAAUAAUGGGAAGAAUGGUUAAGCCAUUUGUCUCUGAACAUGGAAUGAGAUAAACUUCAA